CGUUUACAGGCAGCGUUGUUUAUCAACAACUUCUCGGAUGCGUUCUGCCGUUCAGGAUGGCGAGCAUCAAGCGCGAAAUAUACAAUAUUUGCCGUUUUUGUUUGUGCCAAGACGAAGCGUAUCUUCUUCCCAUCGCGAAAAUAUUGGAUUCAUCGCUCUCAAUCGAAGAUGUACGAAGAUUCACUGGCAUACAGCUGAAUGCGGAUGACGAUGCAUCGUAUGUGUUAUGUUUGGAAUGUACCAAUAAUCUGAAAAACUCGGCCGCCUUCCGCUAUACGUGCUUGAACAAUGAUUCACUGUUCCACGAGUUAUGUGCCGUACUGGCUAGCAGCGCUGAAAGCAUAUAUGGUGAAACAAUCGAGUACCUAGAGAGUGAUUUCGACGAGGAGGAAGGUGUAAAGGAUUUAGAGAAAAUCGACGAUAAAUCUGGCAUCACUUUUUCUAUCGAACCACUGACGCCGAAAAGUAAUUCGCACGUUUCCUACGAAGAAGAGUACAUUCACGAGUACCAGGUGGACGAUACGAUAGCAAGCAAUUGCGAGCAGGAUUUAUCAAACGUGAAUGAUUUUCAGUACUCUGCUAACCGUAUCGAACCCGGCGAAUCGCUGUCUGACGAUGACGAAUUCCCCGCCAACUAUUUCGAGCCAUCGACAACCAAAAAAUCUAAGAAACAGCCCAAAGUAAUAGAGGACCGUUUUCGUGGAAGGAGAAAGCUCCACCUUUGCAACUGGUGCGGUAUAUUCGUACAUCAUAUACCAAGCCAUGUGCUAAUUCAUAAGGAGGAAGCCACAUAUUCUUGCCCGCACUGUCCGGUAAAGAUGAAGCAGAAAGGCAACCUAUCGCAGCACAUACAAACGGUACACUUUAAAACUGUCGGCAAGACGUGCGAAAUCUGUGGCAAAGGCUUUAUUCAUCACAAAACGUACAGGUACCACAUGCGCACACACCAGGACGCGGGCGAAUCGUUCGAAUGCCAGGUCUGUUCGAAACAGUUCAGCCGUUCCAGUGGGUUAGAAGAUCAUUUCAAAAAGUUCCACAGCAUAGCAAAGAAUUCAAAGAUAAUCGGAUCGCAGAUCCCAUCCAACGUAUGA